AUGGAAAAGAAUAGUUUGAAGGAGCAGGCCCCAAUGGAUAGAGAGUGUAGGACUUGCAACCGGCGGCGCAUCCAUUGCGAUGGGACGCUGCCGACGUGUCUCAAAUGUGCAAAGAAGGGGCUACAAUGUCCUGGCUACGAGAGAAAACUGCGAUGGGCCAACGGAGUGGCCGUACGUGGCCAUUUGCGCGGUCGCCAACUUCCCGUAUCAAAAGCAGGCGACGCAGGCGCGGCGCAGCCAGAGGAAGCCGUGCAGGAGCCCGAGCGACGCAAAAGACAGCGACCGUUGGUAACAGACCACGUCUUUGACGAAAUCUUGGGCCAGGAGCCAUCGCAGUUCCUAAAAUACUACGACAAGAAUCUUGCCGGCCUCAUGGUAUGGAUGGACUCGGAGCAGAAUCUGUAUAGGACACAGGUGCUUCCGCGAGCUAUGGACACGCUCGGGCUGCGAUAUGCAAUCAUGGCCAUCUCGUCUCAGCAUGGAUCCGAGGAAUUCAGCAAGGAGGGAAGAGAGUUCCACCAGACAGCCCGCGAUGCCUGCUUGGCACUGGUCCAGGCGCAACUCAAAGAGAUGAAUGGGCGUGUUGGUGACGGGUUUGAACUUGCCACCACAGACGAUAUUGAAGACGCAGAAUGGAUGCUAGCGUCAAUAUUAAUGCUGGCAUGCUAUGAGAUGUCACGGUCGCAGAUUGAAGUAGCUGAAGGACAUCGACUAGCGGCACGGAGGCUGGUCCAGAUCUUCCAAGGCCACCCAGCUGCCGCCAAGAGACAGACUUUUGCGUUUCUGAGGAAUCAGCUGGCGAUUUACGACGUCCUCGUUUGCACGACUUCAUUCAACGUUGCAGACAUCGAAGGGACCAACUUGCCCCCAACAGAAGGGUCGGAUGGCUUGUUUGCCAGUUAUCUGCGCCUGAUCCAUGAAAUCACAUUAUUAUCCAGAAAGCCGGUCGCCAGCAUCGAUAACCAAGGAACAACAAGUAGCCCCAUCAUGUCAGCAAGUGACAUUAGGCUGAAAUUUAAUCAAGCGAGAGGAGCGACGUUGAUUGCAUCCGGGAAAAUAUCUUCUGCAACAGAGUCCGCUCAGCGAGACUUUAUCCGCCUGGUGGAUAUAUACCAUUACACAGCCAUCCUAUACUCCUACCGGUGUCUCGGCUACGAUUCAUAUGAAAGCAUCGAUAGAGCGUCUACGUUGACCAAGCUGUUUGAGCAAAUCGACUCACUGGAAGACAUGAAUACAUGCAUUCAAAAUUUACCAUGGGCAUUCUUCAUAGCAGGAGUAGAGAGCCACGGCGACACCACACGGCAACAAAAGGUCAAAUUACAUUUCGACAAUGUUUUGAAGGUUACAGGCUUUCAACACUACACUGUGGUGUUCAACUUUCUCACGACGUUUUGGGCCGGUCACGACACCGACUGGCGACCCUUGGCUGAGAGUUGGCAGAGAGGUGGCGUUCGCAUCUUGCUCGUGUAGCACAUGGUUCUUUUGAUCAUCUGAUGUAUUAUUUUGGGCUAUUCUGGGAACUAUUUUCGAAUGGUAUGUUCAUCAAUGAUGCCAAACACGGACUCCAUGGGGUCCUUGUAUUUGUACAGCCCCAGCGCCGGGGCGCAGACGCCAUACCCAAGCAGCCGCAGCAGCUGGGGAGAAAAGUUUCGUUCCUUGGCCAUCUCUGGUGGAAGCUCAAGAAACAUGUUCUCCUCCUGCCGCAACGUUCCCUUGCACAUGAAAACGCCAAUGGUCUCGCGCGCCUCGUCCCUACCGGGCCAUGUUAGUGCUGAAUGAAGAGAAAACGUUUAGUGGCCAGGCUUACUUGGUCACAUUGCCGCCACCGGCGUGAUAUACGUUUCCGAAGAAGAUGGCUGCAUCACCAACAUCCAGUUCAGCCGGGAUUGCCUCUUCGUCGAGAGGGCAGCGGUCUGGGCCCCAGAGGUGACUUUGUGGAAUGAUAAUGGUGGCGCCGUUUGCCUUGGUUGUCUUGGUCAAGGCCUUGAAGAUUGUUAAACAAUGAACAUGAUGGGAAACGAAAGAAAUACAGAAGACUUACAGUGACGCAUCCAAGCAUGACGGGCAUAUCACAGUUUCGAGUAUGAUAGUCUGCAUCGUCGCGGUGCAGAGCCUGCUGCUUGCCUCCCGGUUCCACACGGAAGCCAACAACGGUUGCGAUUUGGGGCUUUCCGCUAACAGUCAGCUGCUUCUGCCCUUCCCAGUAUGUGUAGUGACUUGUUAGGAUCUUUGCAGCAAGAUUCUGGAAUAAUGGGUUCACGACAAGAUCGAUACACGCAUCCGACUUGGCGAGGAUGCUGAAAGCGCGCUUGGUCGUGGUAGGGAAGAAACCAGACUCGUCGACAAUAUCUGUCUCGAAGGAAGGUCUCAGGUCUUUGCGUAUUUGCUCACAAAGCUCCUUGGGAACAAGAUUCUUGACUAUGAAGGCACCAUCGCGGUGGAGGAUUGCCUCGAGCUUGUCGGCCGAGAUGGUAGGAUCUGUUGCGUCGACAGUCUGAAGAGUCUUGCCUGCAUGGGUUGGGAACUGGUUGGAGGCGAUGGAUCCCAUGUCUAUACUGGUAUUUGAUUUUACUAGCUUUCUUGUAAUGAGGUUUGCCUUGAUUAUCAUGGGGGUAGCAGGGAGGAGAAGCUGAUCAUGGUUUUUAUAGACCACGCCCGCUUACACCCAACUAGGCAGCUAUUGGGAGAGCCCCGCGCCAUGUCCAAUAAUUUAUGCUACUGUGCUUAGCGUUAGAUUUCCGAUGUUCGGAAAAGCGUUCUCCAAAAUAUAGCCGUUUUGGGAUGCGUGCCCCCACGUUCUCCAAUUUGUAACCAAAUCUGGAAUGCACCAGUUGGACUUAUACAAGUCUUGCAGGACGCCCACGUUUUUUAAUUACUUUGAUUGUAUACCGAAUGGAUAUUUUUAUUUUCAAAGCCCAAGGGAAGGUAUUUAUAAUAAUUCAGAACGGCGGGCAUCUGUGCCGAGAGUUAUUGAAACACGCUUAAGAGAAGUUGUAUACAAAUGCGUUUGUGGUGGCAUACACGGCAACUAUACCAGGGCCAAGUUGAUCUCUGUAAUUCCACUGUGGUAUAAUUUAUACUGGAUAUCUGCCGUUCAUGUACCGGGAUAUUUUUUGUGCAUGAACCAUUGUAUACACUAACGGCGG